AUGCCUCGGUUUGGACGCAAGCGGCCCCAAUGGCCACCAUCUCCCUUGGUGGAGGACGAAGCCGCCUCACUCUCGCGGGAACUCCACGGAAUGUCCAUGCUAGGAGAAAAGCCCGGGUUUGAAGGUGUCUGUUCCCGGGGAACCAUUGACCAAUGCCCUGUCAUCCUGGACGUGCAUAUUUCCGAGUCUUCGAAGAUGGGAAAGAAUGACAUGGAGGAGUGCAGCCGUGGAAGCAGUUCUUCAGAUGAUAGCACAGGACCAGCCACGCCACCUGAAAGAUUUGUACAGGAUCCACUUCUCCACGUCAUUGAUGAUUCCCAGGAAUUUCACUUGACGCCUCCUAUGUUGCCUACUGCCUUGCCGGUCAAGGAGACAAGGCUUCAAACCCAGCCAAGUAAGGAGGAGCGUCAGCAGCCCAGGAAGUCACAACACACCGCCAGCAGCCGUCAAAGAAUGGAGUCGACUCAUACGACUUCCAGGUCCCAAAGUGCAAACGCAAAGAGAAAUAUUGAUGUGAGAGCACCCACUCAAGAUCCUCCUCGCAACCUUGAGCGUGUCUCUGUGCCUGCAAGGAACGGACAAAAUCCCCUAGGGAGGCCAGCCGAGAAGACUUCUUCUGCCGCGGUCCCGAAUCGUUCCGGCAGCGUGAAAGAUGGGCGUCGACACUCCCCCGCCGAGUCUCAACAAUCGCGCUCAUCAGCCGGUUAUGUCUCUGAUUCGGCUGCAAACAAGUCCCCAACGAAUCCUGGAACCGUGCAUAAGGAGCCCCCUUCACAGACAAGCAAGAGAACUCAUGGUGUCCCUCCUACGGUAUCAGGCUUGGCUGAAAGGUUGGAAGAGAAAUUGAGACAGCGACAGAAACUUCGCGAGUCUGAAAGCUCUGCUCAAGAAAGUGGGCUGCCUCUUGCUCAUCCUACGGGUCGCACUGAACCGCUGUCCACCGAGCCUCCUCGAGCUUCUCAGUGCACUGCACCUCCCGAGGCUGUGUCAGGAGCUACCUCUCGCGGAACUCGCUCUAGGGCUCUGUCCACCCCAGCGAAGCCGAUGCCCGCCGUCCCUUACUCAGAGGAAGCUGAUCCGUUUUCUGCUUCAUUCCGUACGGCGACGAGUGAGGCAAUGGACCCUGUAUCAUUUCAGUCGACAACGAAACGAACAGUAUCAUUUUUCGGCGACAAAGAGCAGGAGCGCGAGCGAUCAAGAUCCUCGAGACGGCCGAGUCCUUCCAAAGCACUGGUUCGCCCACCUUCCCCAGAAGAAGCCAGUCCCUGCCUUCUGCCUUGUCCGCGGUCUGUCCCUAUGACCGGGCACCAGGACUGGUAUACCAUCAAAGGGUUGGAACAUCUUGACAUCUGUCCUUCAUGCAUGAAACAGAUGUGCAACUCGCAAUUCCAAGAUUUGUUCAUCCCUAGUUUACCGGUACCACGUGGUCAGAGAGUUCGAUGCUCGAUGAGUGAGCCGUGGACACGACUCGCCUGGGUGCAGACCAUCAAGAAGCAGCACGAGACUUUGGACAUGCUCCAUCAGAUUACCCGGCCGCCGCCAGGAAGUAAGCUAUGCACCGGACGCAUCAUCAGCGAUCAGUUCUGGUACCGAAUCAUCGACCCGGAAACAGGCAUGUACCUGCCAAAGUUCAACGUCUGCUCCGCGUGUAUUCGCAACCUGCGCAUUCUUAUGCCGCAGCAUCGCGAGACGUUCAAGAGAAGCACCACGAUGCAGGAACGGGUCUGUGAUUUCGUGGCGGACAGUCCGCGGUUCGUCCAAUACAUCGACCUGCUGGAUAUUGCUGCAAACCGCGCCGAGCUCGAACGCUCGCCACGGCCCGACGUGACCGAGUUCCUGGCUUACGCUCGCCGUAAGGUCGUGCUAAGGGACUGCCGCCGUGAUCGACCGGUUCUUGGUAUGUGGUACUACAUGCCGCAGCUGCCCGAGUUCACGGUGUGCGAGGAUUGCUACGACGACGUGGUGUGGCCGUUGGUCAAGGCGAGUAAGCCCAUCGCGCGGGAGUUCUCGACCAUGAUGCGACUCGUGCCAGGGGACGCCCCGACUCGAUGCCGGGAAGCCAGCUGCCAGCUGUACUCACCCCGGAUCCGGGCCAAGUUCCGUGACGCCGUGCAGCGGAACGACCUGGCUUACCUGAAGCUGAUCGCAUUGAAGCGGUACGACGUUGAGCAGCACAUGCGGGAACGACGUGAGGAGCUGUUGGAGGAGGAGCGCAAGGGCUAUGACUGUGACGCUGAGCUGCGGAGGACCUUGCUCGAGUGGAGGAGAUGGGAGUGA